GGCACUCACCCUAGCCGCCUUUCGCCCGUUCGAGGAAAAAAAAGAGAAAUAAAGAAAGAAAGAAAAGGGAAAAAGAAAGGGAAAAGUGAAUAGGGAAAAGAAAGGAAAAAAAGGGGGAAGCUAGGAGCAGAGAGCAAGAGAGGAGAAAGGGAGAAGAGAGAGAUCGGAGGGGAAAAGGGAGGCCCUGUCAGCUUGCCGUCGUCGCACCGUUGCGUCUGCCACUGUUCCAUUGAGAGGAGAGGGCUCGCGAGAGAGGGAAACCGUCUGCGUUCACAUCGCCAUUCCUCACCAUUUCUGCCACCAUCGAAGCUGCGAUCCCUCGCCAUCAAGAACCGCGUCUGGUUAAGGUCGUCAUCGUCGUCGCACUUACCAGAACCGAGGCAGAGGGCAGCACCGAGAGGAAGAGAGGUCACCAUCCUUGUCAUGUGUGCUUGCUGAGAGGAAGCCCAUGGUCACCAUCGCGCCUUGCGCUGCCAGCUUCGUCGCGCCGCCGUUGUUGAGUUCGUUGUCGUGCUUCGUCUCCGUCGCUGCUAUGGUCGCCGGUUGCUGUUGCGGGAGUCACUACCGGAGGAGGAGGAGAAGGCUGUAUCACCGUGAUUCUGGCCCCCAGAAACAGUUCUGUGGCCACUAGAACCAUUGCCAAAGCUUUUGCAGUUUGGUUCAGUCAUUACUCCUUUGUUACGAGUCGAGUUCUAGCUAUUGCGAGUCACGAUUGAAGUUGCUGCUGCUGCGGGCUAGGAGGAAAAAGAGUUUUAUCGCGUAGUUAAGUCGUGAUCGAGUUAAGGGUGCUUUUCUUAAACUUAUUUUACUUUAAAGAGUUGUUACAAGUCGAUAAUUAUAUGAAAAGUAUAUUUUUGUGAUUUGGUACAUAUUAUGGACUGAAUUGAGUUGCUCUGGAUUAUUGUAAUUGUUUGUCUGGUGAAAUUAUUGACUGUUUGAAAAGGUUGUAUAUUUUGAGUUAUUGGUUUUGUUAAAUUGGCGGUUGCCGGAUUAGUUUUCUUGAGAUUUGGAAAUGUUUUGUUAUUGAAUAUGAGUUAACUUUUAAAAAGAUUUAAUAUAGGAAUUUAGCUUAAUUUUGGAAAUGAUUUGAUUUUAGAAAGGGUUUAAUAUCCAUCGUCGUACCCAUCGCCGGUAUCUGUUGUAGUCGUCGUUGGAAGGAAGAAGAAGUCUUUGUCCCCGCAGCGAGCCCUUGUCCUAGAGCCCUUUCUCUCUCUACCCGAGGCCUAGUCAUUUCUUUCUCGCCGUCAAUACCAAUCCUCUCGCUGCGGAAAGAUGCUUAGGAGAGGUCGUUACAAGAAGAAAUCCCGGUUAGACACAGCAUGUCAGCAGCCUCAAGAGGGAUCUGCUGUGGCUACAACUCCCCAUCAAGUGGAUUGCCUAAUUCCCCAUCCAGUGGCAGUGGUGCCCUCGCAGCCUCAUCUUUACACCCCUUUUGUCUGCCCCGUAGCAAACCACCGCUUGCUCCACAUACUUCCACGAAUGAUGUUCAAAACUCGAAACUGAACGACGAAGGCUUAGACCCAGAGGUAGAUGAGAUAGAUUCUUUUGAGCAACACGUUGACAACCGGUUUGCUGCAACAGAGGCUCAAAAGCACAAGCGACGCAAGACCAUUGAAUUUUGGGAUGUUAAAGCAAUUGGUAUACAAGAAUUUGUUUCAUAAAUUAUUUCCAUGCUCUAUUUUUCUAUGAUUUUAUCACAGCUUGGCCAGAAUGGUUACUCACGCAGACUAUGAUUUACAAAAUUCGAUGGCACAAUGAAACAAGUCAAAUUGAGUGUGAAGGAAGAUAUGAAGCCACCUAAUGGUAGAAAGAUCGUACUCAGGUUCAAUGAGAUCCUGCAACCAGUUGAAGCGGAAGCUGGUAUACUGAGCGGUGUUCUCGGAUUGCUAGGAUCUAACUACAACAAAUUUUUAAUCUACGAGAAAGACCGGAGAAAGGUUCGCUUCAAGGAUAAGAUCUAUAAUAAAUGUGUAAAGGAAAUGUUCCAUUUUGAUGAAGAUAGUGGAGGAAAGAUCAAGCGUACAAUUUUAAAAAUGCUAGGGAGGGCUUGGAAGGAAACGAGGAACAGGUUGUACCAUAGUUAUUAUGACUCACAACUGACUCUUGAACAAAAUAUUGAAGGCCACCUAUCGAAAUUACUGUGGAUCAUUGGAGAUGGUACCUUGAUUAUCGCAACAAUGAAGAGACAAAGGAGAAGUGUAGGAAAAAUGCUGAGAAUUGAUCAAAGCAGCUAUACACUCACACUGGCGGAUCGAAAAGGUUGGCAAGGUUCGGAGAAGAAGAGUCGGAACGACAAAGGAGGAGAGUUGGUAGAGAAAAGUUGUGGACCUUAACGCGCAAAGAACCUAAUGGCUCCUAUAUCCAUGAUGCAGCUCGGGUUAUUGGAAACAAUUAUAGGUAUUGAACAACAUGAUGAAUUCUCUAGACUGUUGUCUCAGAAUGAUUCGCUUGCUCAAGCUCUCGAAAAGGAGCACUCGGGUAGAGUGUGUGGCAUGGGUUUAGGACCAACUUCUAGUCAAGUCUUCAGUAUAAAUUCCCAUCAGCCAAGUAAUGGAGCUCAAAGGAAAGAGACCCAAAGGGUGCUACUUGAACUACAAGCAGAGUUGGCGGCCGAGAAAUUGAAAAGGAAGGCCGUGGAGGAUGAAGUAGCAGCUGGAAAGAUAAAGAUAUAGGCAGUGGAGAGUGUCAUGAAAUGUCUAAUUCAAGGGCAAGGUCGGAAGUUGCCACCAGACGCCGCCGCAUGGAUGAAUUCAUUUGAGGGACAGAUUGAAAAGUAGAUCUUAUAAUUGUGGAAGUUUUUUUUAAAUAUGCACUUUUUUGUGUUGACUAUGCAACUCUUAGUAAGAAAUACACUUUAUUGAUAUUUGGAUAAUUAUAUUAAUUUUAUUAAUAG